CGCACUCUAAUUUCGCUCCGCGCGAUCGUCAGUUGCACCACCCGCUCCUUGCCUCCUCCCACCAUGGCGAACACGACGGUGGCCCUUAACGGCGAGCACAUCGCGCUCCCCUUCCCGACGACCGCGCCCCUAUACUAUGUCGACCGACCGAACAUCUUCGACGGGAUCUCCGACCAGUGGGCGUCGCUCGCGGGACCUCUCAUCGCGUACUGGGGCCUGUCGCUGUUCUUCCAUUGGCUCGACAUGUCCGAGUGGAAGUGGCUGGACAGGUACAGGAUACACGAGUCGGCGGAGGUGAAGAGCAAGAACCUCGUCUCAAGGCGGGAGGUAUUCGUCGCGGUCGUCUUCCAGCAUAUCGUGCAGACGGCGCUCGGAUACUUGUGGCUGGAUGACGAGCAGGCACCUGCGGACCAUAUCGCCGGCAUGGCGAAGAUUGCGAACGCAUUGGCCCCCGCGACUGCUACGAUCUUGGGCGCGUCGCGCUCCCUCAUGUACCUCCCCGACAUCGCGUACUUCGUGUAUUGGUGGGCAAUCCCCACCGUGCAGCUGUUGGGUGCUAUGGUCAUCAUCGAUACCUGGCAGUACUUCCUUCACCGUCUCAUGCACGAGAACAAAUGGCUCUACCGCCAGUUCCACUCCUGGCACCACCGCCUCUACGUGCCAUACGCCUUCGGCGCGCUCUACAACCACCCCGUCGAGGGCUUCCUCCUCGAUACCGUUGGCGCCGGCAUCGCCGAGGCCGCCACCGGCAUGUCCCUCCGCCAGGCGCUCGUCCUCUUCGUCGUCUCAACGCUGAAGACGGUCGACGACCACUGCGGGUACAAGCUCCCCUUCGACCCGCUGCAGCUCAUCACGAGCAACAACGCGGACUACCACGACAUCCACCACCAGCAGGUGGGCAUCAAGUCGAACUACGCGCAGCCGUUUUUCGUGCACUGGGAUACGCUCCUGGGCACGCGGAUGACGCGCGGGGAUAUGGCGGAGCGCAAGCGGAAGCUGCUGGAGAAAAGGCAAAAGGCCGAGUAGAUGGCCGCUAAUGUACUUGUGUUCGCGGUCGUUGUGUGUUUGAUACCUGGUACCAGCUUCUCGUCUUCUCGUUCGCCCCUCUACAUACGUUUACACCCCUCCCCUCCCCUCGAUCACUCGGCUGUCCGUCGUCCCCCGCCCUCCAAGUCGUGUCUUCUCGCCUUCCAGGACGUCUGUCGCCUCUCAGCUGUAAUGUGUCUAUCAUUUAUUGGUUAUCUGUCGUUCAUGGAUGUACUCUACCUCCCAGCUCCUUACAGUUCCUGGCAUAGGAUUAAUCGAAUCGGUCUCAAUGUACACACGAUGCGCGAAGCCCUUGUAUCUGGCUGUUUGAUGCUCUGAGUAAGGAGGUCAGAGUCGUGAGGUAGCCCUACCUUGAUCGUCAUGUCGCCAUGUACGGUUGGCGUCCCUCUCUUCCUUUCUAUAAUGGUCUUUACUGGUG